UUCUUUUUAUUUCAGAGGGGGUGCUGGUGUGCUCUUCAUCCCGAACAUUGCACAGGAGGAGAGCGCUGCUGGUCAUUUAUCUCCGAAGAGCGACUGGAGACAGACGCGUCCUUCCACCUGCUGCUGAAAAGACGUCAACAUGUUCUGCAGACGGGCAUUGCAGAGAGUCGGGCCGCUGGCACGGUGGCUUCUGAGGCCCAUAUCCAAGAGCACUGCCCCGGUGCGACACAUGGCCUUAGGCGUUCCUGGAGGAUCCACUAACUUGGCGUACGUUGUUUUGUGUGGAGGAGGCCUUACCGCUGCAGUCGUCUAUGCCUAUAAGACAGUUAAUGGUGAUGCCGAACGUUACGAGGACAGACUGGCCAGCAUGAGGUCCGAGGAGAAAGCUGAAGUCACAUCAGAGGCUGCAUCGUCUCCUCCAGUUGAAUCCGCACAAGCAGAGGAGGAAGCAGCUCCCGGAGCUGAGGUCACACUAGAACCUGUUCCCGCUUCCCCAGAACCAGUGGCUGAGACGUCAGCCGAACCCACCGCUGACGCCAGCCCAGAAGAGCAAGCAGCUGCCGAGGCGUCUGAGGCAGACGUCAUCGAGGCUCCAGCGGAGCCAGCAGACGCAGAGGGAGCGCCUGUUGCGGAGGAAGAGACCGCUCCGGAAGUUGAACUCGAAGUUGCAGCCGUGACCCCCGCUGAGGACGGAGCAGCAGAGAGCGCUGGUAUGGCGGCCGUAGAUGAAGCCCCUCCCGUUCUCCCUGCUAAUGCAGAGACUCCCUCUGAAGCCCCUGAGCCUGAAGCAGUCCAUGCUGCAGAGGUGGCUGCGUGAAAGUGAAAAGCGCUCAGCAGGGUGCAUCCAGAAAGAAGGGCUUUUAGGAUGUAGAUGUGUUAUUUUCCUGAUUCCCUGGCCUGAGGGAAAAGGACUCAUGAACCUCAUUCUCCUACAAAAAGUAAAAGGAACAUGCUCUUGUUUAUUUCUGUAUAGUAGUGGAUAUGUUAUGCACACUAGAGGUUCAUCAGUCCAGUUUUUCUGAGGCUUUUUUUCUCUUUACCUUUGCUUCCACAUUCCUGAAAACCAACUAAUCUGAUAAUGUCUUGUUUUAAUGAAAAUUAUGGUUUGACUGUUGCGGGGGGAAAUCAGCGAUAUGAGCAACAGAAAGAACCUCGUCGUGUUUUUAUGAAAGAACAUUUAAUGGUGGCCUUAAGAGAGUGGCCAAAAAAUCCUGCUGGCUCUUCUUUUUCAGACUACAUCUAAGUAAAGUAUUUUUUGCACAGCAACAAACAAAAACAUAAAUAAAGAAUAAAUAGUUUCAAAUGGGUUUUUUUUGUUUCACCUUGCAUUAACAAAUGCUUAUGUUUUUACUGUCACCCCCUCUCUGUUUUUAACGAUUACACCAAUUGGUUUCCAUCUUAUGAACCUUAUCCAUGUCAUUAUAAAAUCUUUUUGUACUUUAAACUUUUUAAGACAUUUUUUUUUCUGUAUCAAAGUUUCUGUAGCUCCCAUUUUCCUUAAUACUGUUCAACUUUUAUCCUUAAAAAUUCACUAAUCUGUUUGGGCAUUAAAAGUUGUCCUAAUAAACCAAUAAAGAUUAAAAUAUCACUGGGUCAAAAGGAAA